GUUUAAGGUUUGUGUUCUUGUUUACAGUACUGUAGCGUGUUCAUUUCAUUUUGCAGAACGAUGCAGCCGUGUAUACGAUGUAAAACAACGAUCAACCGGAGGACUGUUUGAAUAGGCAGAGGGAGUCUGGAGAAGAGAAGGAGAUUGGCAGAAGCUAUUAAAGAAGACAUUCCGUGACAGCAGCAGAUCCCGACACAGCUACAUCACAGAAUGAGGAUGAAAUACACAAUCUCCCUUGUCUUCAUUGUGGCACUGGUCAUCAUUGAGAAGGAAAACAACAUUAUCUCACGGGUUUCAGACAAGCUCACCCCAAAGCAGACCCCCCAGACACCCCUUCAGCCCAGUAACUCUGCCUCAGCCUCAGCCCUGGGUCUCCUGAAGUACAAUGGCUCCUCCUUCUCUACCCUGAGCAAGCUGGACACUGUCUUCGCCCUCAUGAAGAGACGCCUGGAGAACUACACCGAGCAGAGGUCAGAGGUCAUAGGGUCAGCUGGAAACAGAAAGCACAUCCUCCUAUUGGCCACCACGCGGACAGGCUCCUCCUUCGUGGGCGAGUUCUUCAACCAGCAGGGAGACAACAUGUUCUACCUGUUCGAGCCGCUGUGGCACGUGGAGAGGUCGCUGACAUUAGAGAGUGGUGGGACCAACGCCACGGCCGCCGCCCGGGCCUACCGGGAAGUCCUCCAGGGGCUCUUCCUGUGUGACUUCACCCCUCUGGAGAGCUUUAUUGACCCACUUCCUGUAGACCACGUCACCUCAGCCCUGUUCAGGAGAGAAUCUAGCAGCUCUCUCUGUGAGGAGUCCGUCUGUAGCCCGUUCGUUAAGAAAGUCUUUGAACGCUACCAUUGCCGGACCAGGAAGUGUGGUCCCCUCAACCUGACCAUGGCGUCCGAGUCCUGCCAGCAGAAGGAGCACAGGACCAUUAAAUCCGUCCGGGUGCGCCAGCUGGAGACCCUGAGACCCCUCGCCGAGGACCCUCGUCUGGACAUCAAGUUCAUCCAGCUGGUGAGGGACCCCAGGGCGGUUCUGGCCUCCCGCAUGGUGGCCUUCUCCGCCAAGUACAACAACUGGAAGAAGUGGGCGGUGGACGGAGACGUGCCCGUUGACGACGACGAGGUGAGGAAGCUGAAAGGCAACUGCGACAACAUCAGGAUGUCUGCGGAGGUCGGCCUGAGGCAGCCGUCUUGGCUGAGGCGGAGGUACAUGCUAGUACGGUACGAGGAUAUUGCUAGAUUCCCUAUGAGGAAGGCAGCGGAGAUGUACAAGUUCACCGGGAUCCCGUUCACUCCUCAGGUGAAAGACUGGGUGUUAAAGAACACCCAGGCUUCCAAUGAAGCUAGUGGAGUCUAUUCAACACAGAAGAACUCCUCUGAGCAAGUGGAGAAAUGGAGGUUCAGCAUACCGUACAAACUAGCCCAGGUGGUGCAGAGGGUUUGUGGACCAACGAUGAAACUGUUUGGGUACAAGUUUGUGAACAGCGAGGCGAUGCUGACGGACAAGUCUAUCAGUUUGAUCGAAGAAAAGAUUUUCAUACAAAACUUUUCAUAGACAUUUUACGGUGACUCUGAACUCUGCUCAUCAGACAAAGUGGACCAACAGAUAUGAUUAUGAAGUGAUAGUUGUGAGGAUAUUUAUUGGGGACUGUACUAGUAUACAACAAUGUAUAAGACACUUUAUAGAUACAUAUUAAAUUAUAACCUGUUACACUCCAGGGUGGAGAAGGAAAUACACAUUUUGUGUGUAAUAAA